UUCAAGAUUCUCAUAGAUAUGUCUGCUCUGUUCGGAUCUUAUUUCCCUCGAUUUAUCCACACUUUUUCAAAGAUUAUAUCUUCACCAAAUCUUCUCCAAAAUCAUUUUAUAUCUUCUCUCCCAAAUCCAUCAACAACUCGUAUAUAUUCUUCUGUCUCCUCUUCUCUGUUGUUCACAAACACUCUCUCUCUCUCUCAUCUCUCCUCUCUCCUCUCCUCUGUUUCUGUGUUGCACAAAAAUGGCGACUUCUUCCUGCUCAGAUCUUGGCAAGUUUCAUGUCUUGGCUGUUGAUGAUAGUAUUAUUGAUCGAAAGCUCAUCGAGAGGCUCCUCAGAACUUGUUCUUAUCAAGUGACGGUGGUGGAUUCUGGGGUGAAGGCGAUGGAGUUUCUGGGAGGGCGGAUUGAGGAAGUGAAUUUGAUCAUAACGGAUUACAGUAUGCCGGGGAUGACGGGGUACGAGCUUCUGAGGAAGGUGAAGGGGUGUUCUUCGUUGAAAGAUAUUCCGGUAGUGAUCAUGUCGUCGGAGGAUGUUCCGGCGAGGAUCGACCGGUGUUUGGAGGAAGGGGCGGAGGAGUUUUUCCUGAAGCCGGUGCGGCAGGCGGACGUGAACCGCCUGAGUUCCCAUUUGCUGAGACCUAAAUCUCCAGAACCUUCGCCCUGCCGGAAAAGGAAGGCGGCGCCGGCGGAGGCGCAACCAACCAGGCCGAUAAGAAGAAGAAGAUUGAUUUGAUUUUUAAACUCCGGCCGAUAACGGAUCGAAUUGGAUCAAUUGGUAGAAGAUCUGAGAGAAAUUGAAGGAGGAUUCGAGAUUGAAUCAUAUAUGAGAUGUAAUUAAACACGAUCUUCCUUCCUGCUGGAGUUCUGGAUCAUCAAAUUCAGGAUUCAGGGCCUGCAAUUGAACAUAAAUAUUGCAGAUUUGGUAUUUGCCGGCGAAGUUCGAGUUUCCGAUGACUGUAAACCCGCCGGAACUGCCAAAAGAUAAAUUUUUGCUGAUUUGUUGGUUAAAAACCACAAUUUUAUACAGAUAUACAUACUUUUUGAAACUUACAAAUGGCUUGUACUGCUUAGUUUAGUUGGUAAAUGAAUACAUUUUGACACUUUGCAUAGAAAUUCAACUGGUUUUAGCAGAAAUUCACAAAUUAA